GUGGGGGGAGGCCAUGCUGGGCUGUAGGACUCCUAUCACCUUUUCAGACAUAUUUAUCCCAGGGUUAGAACUACAGUGACCAAUGAUCUACCUUCAUCAGCCCAGAGCAGAAGCUGGGACAGUAGCAGAGUCUCCAGAGAAAGUGAGGACCCAGGGAUCGGGGCAGGAGGAACGUGCACACUUCCCCAGAGGAUAAGACUGUUCUCCCGUUAACCAUUACCCCACUGCUUCUAAGGCAGUGUCUUUAAGGAGGCGGGACGAGACAGGGUAGGUGGGAGGGUCAGCUGGUUUUCAUGAACCUUGUCCUUACCCUGAGCACUGGGUCACUGAUCCAACUAUGGAAGCAGCUACAGCAGGUCUUCGGGACACAGCCUCAUUAACUCAGAAGUUUGAGUUUAACGCCAAGUGGGGCAUUGAUAAUCCUGUCCUCUCUCUGGCUGAAGACUACGACCCCUCGGAUCUCUGGAGCCUGGUGCGGCCUCGCUUCUGUCUGCUGAGCAAAGAGGAAGGCAGCAGUUUUGGCUUCCACCUGAAGCAGGAGCUGGGCGGGGCUGGGCCCGUGGUGUGCAGGGUGGAGCCAGGCACCCCUGCCCAGCACCAGGGCCUGCGGGAAGGCGACCGGAUCCUGGGGGUGAACAACCAUGUCGUGGAAUGUGAAGACUAUGCCGUGGUGGUUCGCCGCAUCCGUGCCAGCGGUCCUCGGGUGCUGCUCAUGGUUUUGGCGCAGCAUGUACACGACGUCGCUAGAGCUCAGCAGGGGACCAGUGCCCACCUCUGUCCUACUCUUGGCCCCGGGGUCCGGCCCCGACUGUGCCACAUAGUGAAAGAUGAGGGUGGCUUUGGCUUCAGUGUCACCCACAGUCAUCACGGUCCUUUCUGGUUGGUGCUGAGUGCUGGAGGAGCUGCUGAGCGGGCAGGGGUGCCUCCGGGGGCCCGGCUGCUGGAAGUGAAUGGGGUCAGUGUGGAGAAGCUCACUUACAACCAACUCAGCAGGAAGCUUUGCCAGAGUGGAGAGCAAGUGACCCUGCUGGUGGCAGGGCCAGAGGUGGAGGAACAGUGUCGCCAGCUGGGAAUGCCCCUGGCUGCACCCCUGGCAGAGGGCUGGGCACUGCCCACCAAGCCCCGGUGUCUGCACCUAACAAAAGGGCCCAAGGGCUUUGGGUUCCUGCUUCGUGAGGAUAAAGGUCUUGACGGUCGCCCUGGACAGUUCCUGUGGGAGGUGGACCCAGGACUCCCCGCUGAGAAGGCCGGGAUGCAGGCUGGGGACCGGCUGGUGGCUGUGGCUGGGGAAAGUGUGGAGGGCCUGGGCCACGAGGAGACGGUGUCCAGGAUCCGGGCGCAGGGCUCGUGCAUCUCCCUCACGGUCGUCGACCCUAAGGCUGACCGCUUCUUCAGAAUGGUUCGCUUGUCCCCACUUCUCUUCCUGGAGAGCACAGAGGCUCCUGCCUCUGCUCAGGAAACCUGCUCGGCCUCUCCGGUUGAAACCAAGGAGCUACCUGUUGAAGACACAGCCCUGCCUCCUGUCCCAGAUGGCUCCCGCCCCUGUCUCCUGUAUCCGGGGCCUGACGGUGGCUAUGGCUUCCGACUUGGCUGUGUGGCCAGUGAGGCUCGCCUCUUCAUCUCCCAGGUGACUCUAGGAGGCUCAGCUGCCCAGGCAGGGCUGCAAAUGGGAGAUGUGAUUCUGGAGGUGAAUGGGUAUGCCGUGGGUGGAGAGAAUGAUCUGGAAAAGCUUCAGCAGCUGGCUGAGGCUGAGCCACCCCUCUGCCUGAAGCUGGCGGCCAGGUCUUGCCAGGACUCGGAAGCCUGGAAUCCCCCAGGGUCUGGAGAGGACUGGGCUCUGGCGUCAGAGCUGCUGUAGCCUCUGCUUGGCACGCAUCUGCCCAGUGGCUUUCCUGUCCUCACUCUCCUCGCAAUGGUAGGAGCUGAGAAGCUCCCUUUGAGCCAGAAGGGACGUCUCAAGGAUUCUGGACACCUUCCAUCACAGGAUCGCCCAGGAGCUCCCUCCCUUCCCCUGGGCCCACCUUCCAGGAGACAGGCCUUAGGCAGGCCCACUGGAGGGGUUCUGCCCUCUGACUCCAGAGGACAUCCUGUGGGAGUUUUGGGAGAUGUGGCCCCCGGAUGAAGUUCUGCUAUGAAAUGACUGGUGUGAUUUUGUGAUUUAUAAUAAAUUAUACCGUUUCCUGGCACAGAGCUCCUAAACCCUUGGAAUUUCCCAAGUAGUAAAAGUGGUAAAGAUGUCUUCUAUUUAUAACAAGCCCUUUCAACCACACCUAACUUUGUUAAGGAAGUGACUUUUGGAAAGCACCUAAGGAUGAGGGGGCCCAGCUGCCAAGGGAACCAACCCUGUGAUUCCAGGGUUGGCAUUUUCAGCCCUGCCCCACCCCCAUGCUGGUCCUCUUGGGAGGAGAGACGUGCUGGGGGUUUAAUUAAUCACCAAUGACUGGGCAGCUGGGUGGCUCAGUGGUUGAGUGUCUUCCUUUGGCUCCGGUCAUGCUCCCUGGGUCCUGGGAUCAAGUCCCACAUCAGACUCCCCACAGGGAGCCAGUUUCUCCCUCUGCCUGUGUCUCUGCCUCUCUCUCAUGAAUAAGUAAAUGAAAUCUUUAAAAAAACAAAUCACCAUGAGCCAUGGCUUCAUUGAUCAUGCUUCCAGAGUGAAGCCUCCAUAAAAUAACAAAAAGAGCUUGUGGUGGCCGAACAGGUGGAGGUGCUGGGAAGGUGGUACGCCUGAAGAGGGUCUGGGGCUUCCAUGCUCCUGCCUCACCCUAGACAUACUUGCCGGCUGUUCCUGAGCUGUGUCCUUCAUAAUAAACUGGUAAACUAGGGAGUAAA